CUGAUAACUAAAUAUUUACAUAUCGUGUAUAAUGUUUACAAAUAAAAUCCAAACAAAUUAUUGAAUUUCUUGUAUUAAAUUCUUUUUAAAUAAACAAUGUCCAUACAACAAUAUUGCAGUUUGUGUUGCAAGGCAUGCAGUGAAUAUAAGUUGUUGCAAAAUGAAGUGGGGGAUAGAAAUGAAAUCUAUGAAAUUACAAUCAAAUAUUUUGAUCCCAUGCUCUUGACAGGAGAAACAAAUCCUCAAUAUGGAGAAGAAAUUAAAGUUCUCUGCCAGUAUUGUUGGUUACACAUUAAUGAUUUUCAUGAAUUUAAACAAACUGUUAUUACCACCAGAAUUACUUUGGAGAAAAGUUAUACGAUAACGCAAUCGGAAUUGGAUAUAAAACCAGAAAUUGUUCAAGAUGAACCAAUUCUCUGGACUGAUAAAGAAAUCAUUGAUAACAGUGAGAAGGAGGAAAGUUUUGAGAAUGUUUUCAUAAAUUAUGAAGAUAAUUCUUAUAAUUUGACAGCAGAUACCAGCACAAUAAAUGAAGAUGAUAAUAAUGAUGACGGUCUUCUUAUGCCAUUAAUAACAAAAGUAACUAAUGAACAAAAUAAUAAUAGUGAAAAUGAACUGAAUAAUUUAAAUAAUGAGAAAAAUGAUUCGGAGGAAGAAAAAUUUGCAGACAAUGCAAAAAAAGGCCCAAUCAGUAAAAUUGAAAAAAGCAUUGAAAUGGAUAAAUUUAUAGAAAAAUGGAAACGAAAUUUAGAAUGUGACUUAUGUCGUAAGACCUGUAAAACCUUUAAGACAUUAGAAAAACACUUUAAAGAGAAACACAAAACUAAAGCUUAUAUUAGAUGUUGUAAGCGUAAAUUGUAUAGUCGUUAUGAAUUGGUCAAUCACAUACGUUUGCAUCAAAAUCCCGAGAUGCAUAAAUGUGAUAUCUGUGGUAAAACCACUACGAAUCAAUAUACUCUUAAGGCACACAAGAAAAUUAUGCACGAAAAAUCGGAGCAGUUUAUCUGCAAUAUCUGCAACAAAAUUUGCAAUCAAAAAUGCAAUUUAGAACGACAUAUGCUGAGACAUGUUACGGGUAGUAAAGAUUUUGUAUGUCAAGAAUGUGGCAAAGCAUAUGUACAUGAAGUCCAGCUAAAAGCUCACAUCAAGACAAUACACAACGUAGAUGGUAAGAUUAAAAGACCUAAAUUUCCUUGUGACCAAUGUGGCAAGGUGCUUAAUUCGCGUUAUAACUUAAAAAGUCAUAAUGAAUCAUUCCAUAAUGAUGAUACAAUUUAUGUGUGUAGUAUAUGUGGCAAAGUUGCUACUAAUGAGAAGGCUCUAUUAAAACACAAGAAAAAUGUCCACGAAGAGUGUCGAAAACAUAAGUGUACUUAUUGCGAUAAGGCAUUUAAGAAGCCGAAGUUAUUACGUGAACAUAUAGCAACUCAUACCGGCCAGGAUCUUUAUCAAUGUCCUCAUUGUACGGAAACAUUUAAAAAUACUCAUAAUAUGACUUAUCAUCGCAAGAAAGUUCAUCCGGUGGAAUGGGAAGAGGUUAUAAAGAAUCGUUUAGAAGUGCCUAAAAUUAAUAGUAAUCAAGUUAAAUAUAAAGUUGUUUUAUAAUUAGUUCAUCAAUAAAAUUGUGUCGAAAAAGUAUUCAAAAAUUAUUUUCAUGAACGUAAACUUAAAAGCAUUUUAAUAAAAAUAAAUAUAUGUAUA